UUUCCCCGCGAUUGGAUUAUUGUCGCGUCGAUCAGUGAAUACGUGUUCUUCGGCGUUUACAUGCGUCAUGAUCGUGGACGUUGAUUCUUCGUUAGUGUCAAAAGCAAGGAAUAAUACUUCAUCGCUGGGUGAAGAAUGAGAAUCGCAGAAUCGAAGAUUCGUUGUGAUAUAUAGUUCUAUUUAAAAGACAAUUUCCGCGAAACUAGGACGAAAUGGGAAAUUCCAAGUCGAAGUUUAAGUCAAGAUCGCGAAGCAAAACAGGAAGAAAGAGCGCACGCAGCGACCAGUAUGAAAACGUUGAAAAUUUAGUUACUUACGAGAAUUGCAAUGACGCAGAAUUGUUGUUCAUAAGAAAAACUAUCCAAACGAAUCCCGAGUUGUUCAUACUGAACAAUCUCAUGAUGUGUGUCCAAUUCUUCGGCAAUUACGAACAGGAUAUCAAGCACGCGAAGGAGACACUGGUAUCGUCGCACGAAGCGAAACUGAACAAGCGUUUACCCCCGAUGAAGCGCGUUCUACUUCCAGACGUUCUUCAGGCAUAUGUCUCUCGACAUAUCGGUUUCACAUCCACGCGACAAACUUUCCGACCAACUAUCGAACCCCUGCAUCCAGUUCGAAUUUACACGGUUCACGAUAACAUCGAUAUCACGGAACAAAAUUCGGCGCUUUAUAGCAUCGUGAAUAACUCGAUCACAUAUAACAUCCUGUUGAAACCCACGGGACAUCAAGGAUACGUGCAGCUACAGCUUCUCCAUGAUUCUCCGAUCCCGAAGAAGAUAACGAAAGGGAACAACGUGGAUCGAUCGUCGAUAGAAGAGGACGGUGACGAAUUGUACAGUGGGAUUGAUAGCAUUUACGGUGCGAAAGCGAAAUCGGUCCGGUCCGACUAUUCGGUCGCGUCCGAAAAAUCUAGGCGAGAUAUACUGAAAGAGUCCAAGUUUCAUAUAACGCUAUCCUUGCCUAAUUUGUACGAGGAAGGACUCGCCGUGUACGAAGACCAUCGUGAUUUGUUACGUUCCAAUCGUAAUAUCAGAAACGACGUUGAUUACGACAACUCGUACUCGUUAGCGGAACAAAGGCAUCCGAAUAAAAGUGUUCAAUCAAAGGGGGGAUAUUCUAAUCAGGCGAAAGAAACACCGUUAACGAAGAAACAAGGAUUAGUGAACCAAGAGCAUACGAGUAGCAACAGUUCCGGAUAUCGAACGGACAAUUACGCAACGGGUAGUGACAGCAGCUCGAGGUUCUCGCAGUCGUACAACUCCGACAAGCUAGACGAAUCUUGGAUAUCCAAUGCAAAACUUCCAAAUCGUUGUUUCAAGAGAGUCACCUACACGGCAGAUGGCAAGAUUUAUGACCCCAAGGAAGAAGAAAUGUAUUUAUUGAACAGCAAACAACGGAGAAUCAAGGAGGCGCUAAAGCGGCACAACUACGACGUGAUAUACAUCAGCAGCACCGAAUUUAUGAAGCAUUUUAUAAAAAUGUUCAAACAAAAGUUGGGUGAUUCGUUGACCUUUGACGAAGACUCGCUGGAAGAUAUGAGACGAGAGGGAUGCGUGCUCUACUGUGACAAAAUUAUGGUUUCCGACGCGUUUAAGCACAGCCGAGUAGAACAGUACGAAAUUAUUCCUGCUAUUUGGUUGGAAUGGCCAAUCUGUGCUCAAGAAUGGCUAGACAGGCCGCGAAAUCACUGGCCUACGUCCAACGACGUCGACAAGGUUAAGAGCCUUGGAUCCUACGUGGUACCGGAAGGAUUCAUUCCGAAACACGGAAACAGCAAUCUCAUUGAGGAUCUCGAGUGGCAACUUACGUUUCCAACAGCCGAAAGAUACCUUGAAACUUGUAUGACACAGGCCCAAGCGAAGAUAUAUUUAAUCGCUCUGAUGCUUCAUAAAACUUUUAUGAGGCCAAUUUUCGAUACGAUGUUCAGCUUAACUACUGCUCAUAUUAAGCACAGAUUAUUUUGGAUGAUCGAGGAGGACGGUAGAUCGUCGAAAUGGCCCGAUAACGGAAUGGGUGCAUGUUUGUUAAAGUUGUUAAACUCUUUGUACUAUAGCAUUAGCCAAAACGAACCUAUACUAAAGGACUACUUUAUCAAGGAUAGGAAUCUCUUUCAAAGAAUACCCUGUGAACAUUUGCUGCACACGCAGAAGCAAUUGAAGCGCAUCAUCGAGAAUCCGGUGAUAUAUAUUUUUCACGCGAUGGAAAAUAUUCGAUAUAACGAUAAUUUCUUCCCGAGAUUGAACUUCGAGAUGUUACUGAAGAUAUUAACGGAAAAUACGUUAACGCUGAUCAAUCCGAUGCUUGUGCAAACUAUUCCAGAUCCGACGACCCGACCACGAGGACAACAGUCCGGACAAGAUAACAAGUACGACAGAACCGCAUUUUGGGAUAUGAUCAAGACGAAAAGCACCAAACAAUCCGUCCAAUUGGUUACCAAUAAGACGUUAAUUAAUCCUCGCAAGGCUACCGAUUCUAUCAUCGAGAUCUCGACACGGUGUGUCCCUUUGGACGGUCUAAGAUUGGCUAUUCUUCUAAGCUUUUUCAUCGAACAUUUCAUCCAAAUCGGGGAACGCUGUAUUCAGUAUCAAGCGGACCAACAGAAAGCUGUUUAUCUCGACCACGCCGAUCGCCUGUCCAUCCUCCUUUUCGAACAUCCAUGUUACAGAAACGAUGCACGAGCUUUUCGCGACAGGAUCAAGGUUCUCAGGAAGAAAACGAUGGUUCCGAACACGCGCAACGACAGGUCGAAUACUUCUACGAGAAAACCGGAAACGGCCAUAUACGUUGCUUCGUUGAACGAUCGCUUCACAGACGAAUCAGCGAAAAAGGAUGACUCUCUACCGGAGACGAACAAGCGACCCGAUCCAGAUGUCCAUCGUGUUGAAAUCAUGACGAAAGCGAUCAUACAUGAUAGACAUUACGAAAAAAUGAAGGAAUUGGACGUGAAAGUGGUGAAUAAUAAGAAAACGUUGCUCGUGCAGGAUCUGGAAGAUCGAAGUUCGACGAUCGAAAAUGGAGCUUCAGAAUCGAACAGCGACGUCGACAAGAAACAAUUGGUCGUAUCGUUUCGUGACUUGUCCGAGCCUGCAACACCUAAUUUUACGUACAUUUGAAACGCAUAGCCGCAAACACGCAUGACCAAUUUUCUCCAAGUUGCUCAAUAAAUGUUUCAAAUU